AGUCACAAUAUGUCAAAAAUUCAUAAACUGAUUAUAGAUAACGUUAUAGUUUGAUCCUGUUUAACUUUAUAGUUGUUAAGGGCAUAGUCUUAGUCAUAUUCAGGGUAUACCUAUUCCAUUCUUUUAUAUCACAUCUCAUUCAUUAACUAACUGCCUCGACGUUCAUAGACCUAUUAUGUCAAAAUCAGUUUUAUCAAUCCAAUCUCAUGUGGUUCAUGGAUACGUUGGAGGUAAAGCUGCUAUAUUUCCCUUACAGACUCAAGGAUGGGAAGUGGAUAAUAUCAAUACGGUUAAUUUCUCAAAUCAUACUGGGUAUGGAUCAUUCAAGGGGAACUCUAUUGAUGAAAAUGAUGAAUUAAAUCCUAUAUUAAAUCAAUUGAUUAAUAAUCUACAUAUAAAUUAUAAUGCUAUCUUAACUGGUUAUAUUCCGAAUUCAAAUUUGAUUAAUUGUAUUGGGAAGUAUGUGAAACAAGUUAAGGAACAAGAUGAUAAAGUAUUAUAUCUUUUAGAUCCUGUUAUGGGUGAUAAUAAUUACUUAUAUGUUAGUGAAUCAUGUAUAACAGAAUAUCAAAAUUUAUUAACUUAUAAUAUGAUUGAUAUAAUCACUCCUAAUCAAUUUGAAUUGGAAUUAUUACUGAAUAAUAAAAUCACUGAUUUAAAUACAUUGAAAUUAUCGAUUUUAAAAUUGCAUUUAAACUUUAAUAUUAAAUAUAUUGUCAUAACUUCAUUAAGUUCAUCGAUAUUUAAUCCUCCUGAUAAUGAAGAUACCGAAUCAAAUAAACAAGAUGACAAAUUCAUCUAUUGUGCAUGUUCAACCUUAACCAAUCUUAAUCAAAUUCAAAUAUUCAAAAUACCAAUCAUAAAAUCUUACUUCACCGGAGUUGGAGAUUUGUUCUCCGCGUUAUUAUUAGAUAAAUUAUAUAAUAAUAUUCAUAGUAUCACCACCACUACUACUACCACUAGCGAUAUUGAAAAGUUAACGAGAUCGGUGAAUCAAGUGCUUACAAUUAUGUCAAAGACAUUAAAGUUGACUCAUUCCAUCGGUUUAAAAGAGUUUAAUAAGCAUAAAAGCGUUUCUAGUACUACUAAUUCGUCGGGUAAUAUCAUCGGCAAGAUAAACGAUGCUGAUUCUAUGAAAUAUUUUGAAUUAAAAAUCAUUGAAUCAAGAUCAUUAUAUGAUUAUUGUGGAGAUGGAGCGUUUAAACCUGAGUUGUUAAAAGUUGAUUAUUAAUAUAUAUAGACCCAUAUAAUCGUUAUUAUUUAUAGAUCCAUAGUUAAUAAAUAUUUGACUCAUUUUUGCGGAAAUGAUCACAAAGUCAGAUUUAGCAGUUAGUUCCGCACU